GGCUGUCUCCAAAGGGGACGCAGCGUUGAGUGUUUGAGCAGCCAGGCGGCCAGUGCGCAUCCCAGGACGCAACAUCAGUGUAGCCGGGGCUCAACUUUCAGCUGAUCGCUUCACUUCGGACGCUUUGGAAACAAAAAAACACACAAAAAUGGGUUGCUUUGAGUGCUGCAUCAAAUGUUUAGGCGGGGUGCCGUACGCGUCGCUGGUGGCUACAAUCCUCUGCUUCUCUGGCGUUGCCCUGUUCUGUGGAUGUGGCCAUGUGGCUCUCACCGGCACCGUGACCAUCCUGGAAACCCACUUCUCCAAGGUCGCCAGUGAUCACGCCAUGCUGACUGACGUAAUACAGCUGAUGCAGUAUGUCAUCUACGGCAUUGCUUCGUUUUUCUUCCUGUACGGGAUCAUUCUGCUGGCUGAGGGCUUCUACACAACCAGCGCUGUCAAGGAACUGCACAGCGAGUUCAAGACCACCAUCUGCGGACGCUGCAUCAGUGGAAUGUUUGUGUUCCUCACGUACAUCCUGGGCGUGGCCUGGCUCGGCGUGUUUGGCUUCUCCGCUGUGCCGGUCUUCCUCUUCUACAACAUGUGGUCUACCUGUGCCACCAUGAGGUCUCCUAUGGCCAACCUCACCAACAUUGACUCCAUCUGUGUGGAUGUUCGUCAGUAUGGAAUUAUCCCAUGGAAUGCCACACCGGGCAAGGCCUGUGGAUCUACGCUAGGUGACAUCUGCAACACCAGCGAGUUCUACCUGUCUUAUCACCUGUACAUCGUAGCGUGCGCCGGUGCCGGAGCCACUGUGAUCGCUCUGAUCCACUUCCUCAUGAUUCUCUCAGCAAACUGGGCCUACCUUAAGGAUGCCAGUCAAAUGCAUGCCUACCAAGACAUCAAAAUGAAGGAAGAGCGGGAGCUGCAGGACAUCACCUCACGCUCAAAGGAAUGCCUCAAUUCCUACACAUAAGGAAAUUACCUGCUCACGAUCCACACACACACACACACACACACACAAACACACACACAUAGACACUGUGGCCAACCACUAUGGCCCCUUUGGACCAAGACAAUGCUCAGCUAAAAUAACCUGCCAACUGCUGUGAUGCUGUGCUAACCAGGCUCCUAACAAACUAAUGCAUCAGUGCUGCUUUCUGCACUAACUCACCAACAAGUGUUUUUGGAACUGCUACUCCAAAUUUCAUUUAUUUCAUUGCAUUUUUUAUUUUUCUGAAGGAAAAUUAUGAUUCAUCUAGAUUUUUCUCUAGCCCUUUUUUUUUAUAACCAGUUUUUGCUGGUGAAGCUUGAGACAUUGCACUAUUCUUAUACAACACGUGACACGUUUGUUUCACGGUCUUUGCUCUGUCUUUCUUUCUUUCUUUCUUUUUUUGUUUUUGAGCUGUGGUGGCCAGUUUUCAGUAAGGGAAUGUAACAAUUUAAUUUGUUUGCUCUUUUUUUUUUAUUUUUUCAAUCAAAAUCUGCAGAUGAAUUAUUACACAACACGGAAAAGCCUUACAUCUAAUAUGAGUCCAUGUGCCACUUUCCAGAUGGCAUCAAUUAUAUGAUAGUCUGAUAUAAGACUCUGGGCGUGUCACAAGAUGUUUUUUGCUUUUUAAAUUAGCAAGUAAGGAAAAGUAUUUAACUGCAUCUUAAUCCUAGUGAUGAUCGAAGUGUUAAUAAUUGGUUCUAGAUUCUAAUUUUCAAUGUACAGCUACUGAAAAGUUACUCAGAACAUUCAUGGCCUACAUUAACACUACCUCAGAUGUGCACUAGAGCCUAUAGAACAAUUUAAUUAGAUCAAACAACCUCCCUCAGACACACAGGAUGUUAUGGUAGCAGCACAUCAGGAGCUCCUCUAUGUCACAGUAUCAUAGGAUUUCAUUUGUAUGCAUAACGCCAUAAGAACAACUUGCUAAAUGUGAACUGCUGCCAAUAAUGAGACCGGAGGAUAUUCAGUAUGUAUUUAAUAUCUUUAAAGUUUGGUCGGUGCGGAUUUGUUUAUCCAAAUGGAUAAAGCUCGCCAACAAAGAGAGCUCUCUGAUCCAUCAUACAUGCUUUUUUAGCCCAUUGUCUAUUGUAAAAUUGAUCAUAGUGUAAUUUAUGAUCCAAAUUUACUCGAUUUUUAAAUCUCUCCUCAUAAAACAGGCGUAAUUACAUCCCAUGUGCAAUGGUACUACGGCAAAUCCUACAGAUUUAAAGAACUUCGAGUGUGAAAAAUGUAAACUUGUGAAAUUUUUUUAGUGUUUUGUUAAGAUAAAACCACUCUCCUGCCCCCCCCCUUCCUUAUUUUCUAUAAUUGCACCGCUUUUUGAUGUGCAAUUGUCAUAAUGCUGACAUAAUUACUCAUGUAAUCUUCUAUUUCUAUUAGUUGAGUUACAGGGAUAACUUGAUGUUUCUUUGUUGCAUGAAGAAAAACUGUUUCUGCGGUGACACACGUGAUGUGCAGUCAUGUAUACUGACAUCAGUAGUAGGCAGUGUUUGCCUGUUUCCUUUUUUUUUUCUAACUGAAUAUGAAUUAAUCCAUUUAUGUAGCUGAUAGUUAUAGUUGUUUUUUUAGGUUCUUUUAUUCAAGUCAAAUGUAUGAGUCUUAUAUUAUUUUGUUGCUUGAUAGUAUACCUGUAUUUUCUAUGAAUGUCAAAGGGCUUCCACGUGAAUUACUGAUGCUUAACUUUUAAUUCAACUCUCAAAUAACAAUCAGUUGCAACACCAGUCAUUUAUAAAAAUUGUACGGCAAUCUAAAUGGUAAAUCUAGCCAAAGUGUGAAUGCCAUUGUGACCCUGCCCAGUGUUUUACACGGUAUGUGUGAGAUCUUGUAGUACAACACCUGCUUAGUGCAGGACUAAUAGCCACAGGUGCACAGCGACCAAGGAGAAAGAUGAAAAGGUGUGCAUGAAGCUCAUCUCUGUACGCCGUGUUUCCUGUUGAACGAACCAAAAACUAAAGAAUAAAGGCUGCCUAUCAAUCACCAGGAGGACAACAAUCCAGCAUCCUGUCUGACUGGAAACCCCUUUAUGACAUUACUCAACUGUUUUUAUGAAAAUGAAUAAUAAAAUGAGACAAACUUC